GAAACAUACUCUAAUUUAUUAAAAGAUUCACCAAAAAAAAUCAAGUAGUUCAACAAACAAUUUAUAAUUAUUAUCACAUUUAUCAUCAUAUACUACUAAUUAAAAUAGCGUAGUAACGAAGACACAAAAAAUAAUGAUGAAAAAUAAAAUAAAAUACAGUAAUAAAAUAAUUUAAAUAUUUUUCGUUCAGACAGAGAGGGUGUUGGAGGAAAACGCGGGUGUGUAUGUACGUAAGUUUGUUUGUUGUGAGUUUCUGAAAAAGAAAGAGAGAGAAAAAAACUAGAGAGAGAAACAAGAGAGAUUCAUAAAUCAUAUCAUAUCCAUUGAUAAAAUCCAAAAAUCCGAACCCUUUCCCGUUUGGUCACGACGACCUAGAGAAUCUAUUUUCUUCAUCGAUCCAUUUACAAAACCUAUUCACACUCAACUUCACUCCCCACGAUUCACGAUUCAAUUCUUUCUUCAUUUUCAAUCUUCCUCAGCUUGUUUUCACGAUAAGGAAAUGGCAACUCCGGUCGAGCCUCCAAACGGGAUAAGGGCGGAAGGGAAGCAUUAUUAUUCCAUGUGGCAGACGCUAUUUGAGAUCGACACUAAAUAUGUGCCGAUUAAGCCGAUUGGUCGGGGAGCGUAUGGGAUUGUGUGUUCUUCUGUUAAUAGGGAGACAAAUGAGAAAGUUGCGAUCAAGAAGAUACAGAACGCGUUUGAGAAUCGUGUUGAUGCGCUUAGGACUUUGCGGGAGCUUAAACUGCUUCGACAUCUUCAUCAUGAGAAUGUUAUUGCUUUGAAGGAUAUUAUGAUGCCUGUUAAUAGGAGUAGUUUUAAGGAUGUUUAUCUGGUUUAUGAACUCAUGGAUACCGAUUUGCAUCAGAUUGUUAAAUCUUCUCAAACGUUGUCUAAUGAUCACUGCCAAUAUUUCCUCUUUCAGUUGCUUCGGGGUUUGAAAUAUCUACACUCAGCUAACAUCCUUCAUCGUGACUUGAAACCGGGAAAUCUUCUGAUUAAUGCAAAUUGUGACCUAAAAAUAUGUGAUUUUGGGUUAGCUCGCACAAACUGCAGCAAGAACCAGUUCAUGACGGAGUAUGUUGUCACUCGGUGGUAUAGGGCACCAGAGCUUCUACUUUGCUGUGACAACUAUGGGACAUCUAUUGACGUAUGGUCAGUUGGAUGCAUCUUUGCAGAGCUCCUCGGACGAAAACCUAUUUUCCCUGGUUCAGAGUGUCUCAACCAACUAAAGCUUAUUAUCAAUAUCCUUGGUAGUCAAAGGGAGGAGGAUAUCGAGUUUAUUGAUAAUCCUAAAGCAAAGAGGUACAUCAAAUCACUUCCAUAUUCUCCCGGAACCCCCUUUUCCAGACUUUACCCUAAUGCACAUCCUCUGGCAAUUGAUCUGCUAGCUAAGAUGCUUGUUUUUGAUCCCACAAAGAGGAUUAGCGUUAUGGAAGCACUUCAACACCCAUUCAUGGCCUCUCUCUAUGAUCCUAAUUGUGAUCCUCCAGCCAUCAUUCCAAUUGAUCUUGACAUUGAUGAGGAUCUAGGGGAAGAGAUGAUAAGGGAGUUGAUGUGGAAUGAAAUGGUUCAUUACCAUCCUGGAUCUGCUAUGGGAAAUGCAGCGUUGUCGUCUUGAUUUUAUUCUCUUCAGGGUUCUAUUUUUAUUAUGUUCCCUUUUGUUGGUUAUAAUAGUGUCUAAUAUAAUAGCUUGUUUUGAAUAAUUAGGAGGGCUCUGUCAUCGUGGUGAGCUCAAUAUAUAUAUUCUGUUUCCUCUUUGUUGAGAACAGAGAAAACAGCUAAAAUAUGGUCAUCUCGAAAAAACAUGAAACACUGUUUGCUGAUGAUGCAUAGUAGUAGUUUUUAACUGCCAUUUUGAGACAUUGAUUUUGUCUUUUGAACUAUGUAUUUUGUUCCCCUCAGUUUGAGUUGUAUAUAGUGUUUCUUUCCUAAACUAUUCUGUAAAUUAAGUCUAAUGUUUAUAACAGUACAGACAUCUUUAUGAUCUU